AUGAAUAUGAAUAUCAAAAGUGAUAAUAACAGCAGUGAUAGACAGUGUAGCAAUGCGUGCGGACUGUACUACAGAGUGAACGGUGACCACAGGCCUCACGUGAGCAAAAUAUCCCGGGUGUCGACCCUCCGUAAAAGUUUCCUGCACUGCGCCAACUGUGGCACAAACAAGACAACGAUGUGGCGCCGGGACGCGGGAGGGGUUCAUGUGUGCAACGCUUGCGGUCUAUUCUUUCGCAUCAAUGGCUUCAACCGGCCGGUGUCUAUGAGACGGGAUGUGAUUCGGACCCGAAAACGACGGGAAAAGGAUUUAAUGCAAUCGCCGGCGGAGGAGGCGCUGAGUAAUAGCGCGAGUCUUGACUUGUCAUCCAUAGAGCUGUCGUCUCUGAGCGCCGACACGACUAUCAAACUGGAAGCGGACGGACACUUGACUCCGACGACGCCGUCGUCCACACUGUCCUCGCCGUCCACCUCAUCCAACGAGUCGUGCAAUUCAUACAAUUAUACGGAUCAUCCGCCAAACGACUGGACACCACAUCAUGACGUCAAUCCACUCACAUAUAUCUUCACGGAGUCCAUGGAUUACUACAAUCCCGAGCACACGGCCAUCAGUUGA